AUGAAGUCACAAACAUUAAAUGAAAAACAGAAGGAAGCAUUUAAAGAACUUCUAGAUGAGGAAUUCAAUAAAGUGAAUAUCAUAGGUUUUAAUUCGGGAAAGUUUGAUUUAAAUUUAAUUCUUCGUGAUUUAAACACUGCAAAAUGGAAAAUAAAAUCAAUGCUGGGUUCAUCUUCACAAUUUAAGCAAAUCAUUGUAAAGAAAACAAACGUUCCAUAUGAAUUGAGAUUUAUUGACAUCAGAAAUUAUAUAGCGGGUGGGACAUUAGACCAAUUCACUCAAGAUUUCGGAAAUAAUAAAACACGUGUUAAAUCCUUUUUCCCUUAUCAAUUCAUCACAUGGGAAAAUUACGAAGAAGAAUUAUAUAAAGAGAAACCAUUCACUCAAGAUUCAUUUUAUUCAGCAUUAACCCAAGAAACUAUAUCAGAUAGUGAUUAUCAAAUAUAUCUCAAUGAUGCUAAAAAUUUUAAGAAUAGAUUAGAAUAUUUUAUUCAUUAUUGCAAUAAAGAUGUUGAAAUUAUGAUUGACCCAAUCGAUAAAAUUAUUGAAGAAACAUUUGUUUAUAAAAUUGACAUGCUUCAUAAUCUUUCUUUAUCAUCGAAUGCUUCAAUGAUUCGUUACGCUUUAGCAUAUAAAGACUUUAAUCCUAAUGAAAAAUAUCCUGAGGAAGAGAUAGAAUCAAGUUUUGAAUUAACGAAAAAGUAUUGGAAAUAUAAAAUUGAAUCAUAUAAGAAACAAGAUGAAAAAGCAGAAAGAGAUACUAAAAAUAAUGUUUCAAUGGAUGAUUUUCAAUACUAUCACGAUUUAAUCCUUUCAUCUAAAUGCAAAAUGUGUGGUAAAGCGUUUACAUAUGCAAAUAAACCAACAUUGGAUAGAAUCGAUAAUGAAAAACCACAUACCAAAGAAAAUUGUCAGUUAAUGUGUUGUUAUUGCAAUGUCGUAAAAUCAAAUAAAGAUGAAGAUGUUCAAC